GACAUAUAAAUAGACCACACCUUCACCCUCGAACUUGCACCCUUGAACCCAGGAGACAUGUACAUACAGAGGACUACAGCGACACCACUGCCUAGGCUUACAAUGGCUAAACACAUCUAUCUUUGAAGCAGUCCUUCAACUGACCCAGUGAGUCAGUAAAUUUGAAACAGUGUGACAGUUACCAGCCGGGAAAUCGGGAGUAGGAUUCAUACCGGGGAGUGUUUUCCUACCCCCACUUUCCAGCUGACCUACUUGGCGCCGUGUAUCUGGGACGAGUGAGGUUCAAUCAACAAUGGAUCGCAACCCGUGUGUUAUGUGUGAACUGGCGUCAACGGUUGACAUAAUGCCAGUAGGGAAAUCUCUGAACAAAUUCGGCUUACUGUCCAAGGAAAUAUAUCACGACUUGCAGAAGUCGUCAGUGAAUGAGGGAAUAAAGUGGAGAGGCCUUUUACAUUCUCUCAACUUCCAGGAAAAUGAAUUAGCCAGAAUUACCCUUGUUGAACUUGUUCGAAUAGAUAACCCAAACAUUGCAGAUGAGCUGGAAAAACCGGAUUUCCGACGUCAGAUCGGUUGUGUUUGCGGGCAGAGGACCAGUGGUCCUCGUUUGAAGAGAUCCAACAGUCUCCCCCAUAUGAGAGACACGUCCGGCACCCAAGGCUUGCAAGCGUUCACCUUCGAAGGGUUCAAUUUAGGAGCGUUUAACAACAGCUUUCCUCAAUUUGGUGAAAACAAAGAUGAGAACAAUUACAAGUAUAUGUCCCUCCAAGUACCUAAAUCCCCUGAUAUCACACCGAGUCCUCGUCGAAGGUCAAGAUCUCUUGAGAUUCUCAGACCGUUUAUUCCCUUGGAACGAGAAACAUUUAUGCCGAUGGACAAUUCCGAAUCAGAUUUAGAUGAUGAAAUAGAUUUUCUAUUUGCUGGUAUAACCGACACAUCUCUUGGUUCUGAGGACGUAGCUGAUUUAUCAAAUGAAGGCAUUACAAAAGGAAAUCAAGAUGACACUUCAAGAACACAGAAAGACGAUUCUACGCUUAAACGAAAUAUGGAAUUUGACGAGAAUUUCUUUCCCAUGUCCUCUUGGGUGGGUAGCACAUCUUCUGCAGAUACUGUAGAACAUGUGUCUCUCAGUGAACAAAGGGACUCAGUGUUUCUGGAGGAUGAUGGACACACUCACGAUACCUACGCCUCUUGUUCCGAUGGUGCUACAACUUUGGAAGACAGGGAUUCAAGCUCCACCAAUGGAGAAACCAGUACCAAGCAGACAAUAUCUGAACGCUUACCUGCCCGGGAACAACUUGGCGACCGAGAUGCUGAACAGCCUGAGUUGGUCCCGACAACGCAUAGAACUCUACAUUCCCAGAGACGUCAGGUGCCCCCUGCCGACGCAUCCUGGGCAUUACAUAUGACAAUAGCGCUGUUCCUCCUACCACUCGGACUCUGUCUGCUGCCGAAGGAUCUUCUAUUCAGUAUUGUAGCACUGGUAGCUUUACAAAUAUACACAGACAGGAACAGGUAGAUCAUGUCCCUUCAGAUGUUUAUUGAAUAUUAUCCAUUGUUUGUAAAGAUUAAAACGUCAGUCCCUUACGGUGGCUGAAACAUGCUUAGCCUAAAAGACGAAGGCUGCAUAGUCGAGAUUUAACAGUUGCAUGCAUUAAGUUAAAAACGUCCCAUGCUUAUGAUGCACACAGGGACCACCGACCUUUCGCUCUCCGGGAAGACGCCUCCUAGACCACUAGACCUCUGUUUUUUCUCCAACUGAAAGGGCUGACUCCGUAGAUAAAGUGUCAACUGUAGCGACUGAUGCUCCUUCCUUUACCAUUGUUAAGAGGUGGGCAGCGGGUUUGAAGCGGGGGAGAGAGCCUCGAAGAUGAUCCAAAUCAGGAAGUCCUGGAUCUGUCACCACUGAGGAAAAUGUUGAUAAAAUACAUGAUAUGAUAAUGAAUGAUCGAAUGAGAACAAAUGUUUAAGCACGCUGGAUUCCAAGACUCUUAACUCCUGAUCAGACACGAGUCAGGUUCAUCUUCUCUCGUGAGAACUUACGUCAUUGUGAGGUAGACCCUGCUGAUUCUGUUGAGCGAUGUGUAACCAUUGAUCACCACCAUCAGCCAGAGACUAAACAACAGUCAAAGCAAUGGAACAGGCUAGCGUAUCUUCCUCCGAAUAAGGGAAUAUGUUCCUUCAUCUGACAACGAGAUGGCCUCGGUAUCUUGGAUUCCUAAGGAAUCCUUCUGGUGGACUACCUCCCGAAAUGUCAGACCAUUAAUGGACAGUAUUAUGCUAAUCCACUUAGGCAACUAUGUGAGAAUACCAAGGCUAAACGUCGUGGAAAAACCCACCUGUGCACAAAUAUGUUGUUACCAUGGCUGCAAUGCCAUCAGAUUUCCACCUUUUCCUAAAGUUGAAGAAAGAACUGUCUUAUGCAAUUGACGAUGGCGUCAUUUUCGCUGUGGAUGACUUUUUACCCCACCAGGAGGACACCUCCGACACCAGUGGGAUCCAGGGACUCCAUCAACACAGUCCAUCAAAGACUCAGGACAGUUCAGCUAUUCCUCCCAUAAAGUGAAAACAUUCUAAAUACGUUA